AUGACGAUACACAAGGGAGGAUUUCAGGCCCGCCCCAAAGGUGAUAUGACACUGACAAUGGAAGACUUUUUCCGUGGGAAACACGAAGACAAGUAUGAUCUCGUCGAGAUGGUGGUCUCACUCAAACAAGACAUCAUGCAAUUGAGGGGACAAGUAGAGCACUUGCAACAAUCCAUGGGGACUGCAAGCAGCAUUGCUCCAGCUGGCAUGGAGAAAGUGGAUCCUGGAGUUAACAGGAAUGUCUCGAAGCCACGAAAUGAACCCGACACGUUUUCUGGACAAGGUGCGGCAAAGGACUUGAUCGAGUACUUCAAGAGCAAUCCAACGGCCCAGAGCAUUCGGGUGGAACUCCGAAACAGCGCGGAGUUUCCCGAAAUUACGGUGUGCCCCGUAAAUGCGGUGAAUUCCACUGCGGACCAGAUCCGUAUUCGAAGGUUGAAUUUAUCUUCUGAUUCCGCAUUCAAAUGGGACAAAGAGGAUGUCUUCGACGUGAGCUACUGGGAAGAUCUGGAUUUCCUUACCUUAAAGAACUUGUAUAACAUCUUGGACUACUGUUAUGUCGGUUCUGAACGCUGCAUGCCAGACUUUACGAUUGGUGACUGGACAUGGAUCAACGAUAGUCUGAUCCUCGAAACAAGCGAAGCGUGGAAUAUCCGGCCUUCGGGACAGACAUUUUUCGUGACGAAAGAAAACAGCUACAUAGUGAAUCUCUCCGUGAAAGACUACAGUCUCCUGCCCUCAGGAAGUAAGUGCAAUGCGGACAGGAACUACGACUACCAGAAGUGCCUGGACGCUGCCCUAGGGGAUAAGUUAUCGAAGGACGCCCCGUGUUUCAUACCUUCCCUGUUGCCAAGAAAACGCGAACAGCCUGACAUGGAGCGCCAAUGCAACACCUCUGAUGAGGUAAAUAAUUUGGGCGCCUACUAUGCUGACUUACAACGUUCUUUCCAACCUGAAUGUCAGAUGAAAUGCAAGAGGAUGGCGUACAAUGUGAUUCCAAUGCAAGUGUCCACCUCCACUCAGGGUUCGAUACCAGGCUUGGUCCAGUUCAUCAUCCCAUCUGCCGAAGAAGUUCCGUUCACAGAAACGUGGAAUAUCCGGCCUUCGGGACAGACAUUUUUCGUGACGAAAGAAAACAGCUACAUAGUGAAUCUCUCCGUGAAAGACUACAGUCUCCUGCCUUCAGGAAGUAAGUGCAAUGCGGACAGGAACUACGACUACCAGAAGUGCCUGGACGCUGCCCUAGGGGAUAAGUUAUCGAAGGAAGCCCCGUGUUUCAUACCUUCCCUGUUGCCAAGAAAACGCGAACAGCCUAACAUGGAGCGCCAAUGCAACACCUCUGAUGAGGUAAAUAAUUUGGGCGCCUACUAUGCUGACUUACAACGUUCUUUCCAACCUGAAUGUCAGAUGAAAUGCAAGAGGAUGGCGUACAAUGUGAUUCCAAUGCAAGUGUCCACCUCCACUCAGGGUUCGAUACCAGGCUUGGUCCAGUUCAUCAUCCCAUCUGCCGAAAGGCCCGAUCGACUGUUGACACCUACCACUAGCAUUCCGAUAAAAAGCCUUGGGGUUCUUCUUAGCAUCGUGAGGCAGCCUCGACCUCCAGCCUCACUGAUCUAA